UAGAUUCCUUAAUGCCCCUUACGCAUUUAGCCCAUCCCCCCCUCCCAUAACUCCUCCAGUAACCCUCUGUUUGUUCAUAUUUUGAAGUCUCUUAUGUUUUGUCUCCCUCCCUGUUUUUAUAUUAUUUUUGCUUCCCUUCUCUUAUGUUCAUCUGUUUUGUCUCUUAAAGUUCGCAUAUGAGUGAAGUCAUAUGAUUUUUGUCUUUCUCUGACUAAUUUCACUUAGCAUAAUACCCUCCAGUUCCAUCCACAUAGUUGCAAAUGGCAAGAUUUCAUUCUUUUUGAUUACUGAGUAAUACCCCAUUGUAUCUAUAUACCACAUCUUUUUUAUCCAUUCAUCCAUUGAUGGACAUUUGGGUUCUUUCCAUACUUUGGCUAUUGUUGAUAGUGUUACUAUAAACAUGGGGGUGCAUGUGCCCCUUUGAAACAGCAUACCUCUAUCCCUUGGAUAAAUACCUAGUAGUACUAUUGCUGGUUUGUAGGGUAGUUCUAUUUUUAAUUUUUUGAGGAACCUCCAUACUGUUUUCCAGAGUGGCUGCACCAGUUUGCAUUCUUACCAGCAAUGCAAAAGAGAUCCUCUUUCUCCGCAUCCUCACCAACACCUGUUGUUGCCUGAGUUGUUAAUGUUAGUCAUUCUGACAGGUGUCAGGUGGUAUCUCAUUGUGGUUUUGAUUUGUAUUUCCCUGAUGAUGAGUGAUGUUGAGCAUUUUUUCAUGUGCCAUUUGGCCAUCUGGAUGUCUUCUUUGGAAAAGUUCAUGUCUUUUGCCCAUUUCUUCACUGGAUUAUUUGUUAUUUGGGUGUUGAGUUUGCUAAGUUCUUUAUAGAUUUUGGAUACUAACCCUUUAUCUGAUAUGUCAUUUGCAAAUAUCUUCUCCCAUUCUGUCGGUUGCCUUUUAGUUUUGCUGAUUGUUUCCUUCGCUGUGCAGAAGCUUUUUAUGUUGAUGAGGUCCCAGCAGUUCAUUUUUGCUUUUGUUUCCACUGCUGGUAAUUUCUACUAGCGUGUACUUUGUAAACUGCAAUGGGAAAUCCAGAAAACAUAGAAGAUGCAUAUGUUGCUGUUAUUCGUCCAAAGAAUACUGCCAGUCUCAAUUCUCGGGAAUACAGAGCUAAGUCCUAUGAAAUUUUGUUGCAUGAAGUUCCCAUUGAAGGACAGAAAAAAAAGAGAAAGAAAGUUUUAUUGGAAACUAAACUUCAAGGCAACAGUGAAGUAACACAAGGCAUACUGGAUUAUGUAGUAGAAACUACCAAACCAAUUUCUCCUGCAAACCAGGGUAUCAGAGGAAAACGAGUGGUCCUAAUGAAGAAAUUUCCUCUGGAUGGAGAGAAGAUUGGCAGAGAAGCGGCAUUAUUUAUUGUUCCAUCAGUUGUCAAAGAUAAUACUAAAUAUACAUAUACUCCAGGAUGCCCAAUUUUUUACUGCUUACAAGAUAUUAUGCGAGUCUGUAGUGAAUCCAGCAGUCACUUUGCUACACUUACAGCAAGGAUGUUAAUAGCCUUGGAUAAGUGGUUAGAUGAACGCCAUGCACAAUCUCACUUUAUUCCAGCUUUAUUCCGGCCUUCUCCUCUUGAGCGGAUAAAAACUAAUGUCAUAAACCCUGCAUAUGCUACUGAAUCAGGUCAAAUGGAAAACUCAUUACAUAUGGGCUACAGUGCACUAGAAAUAAAGAGUAAAAUGUUAGCCCUAGAGAAAGCAGAUACCUGUAUUUACAACCCUUUGUUUGGAUCAGAUCUUCAAUAUACGAACCGGGUAGAUAAAGUGGUAAUAAAUCCAUACUUUGGUCUAGGAGCUCCAGACUACUCAAAAAUCCAAAUUCCCAAACAAGAAAAAUGGCAGAGAAGCAUGAGCAGUGUCACAGAAGACAAGGAACGACAGUGGGUAGAUGACUUUCCUCUCCAUCGAAGUGCCUGCGAAGGAGAUUCAGAAUUACUAAACCGUCUUCUCAAUGAAAGAUUUUCAGUCAACCAAUUAGAUAGUGAUCACUGGGCGCCCAUUCAUUAUGCAUGCUGGUAUGGAAAAGUUGAGGCCACUCGCAUAUUGUUAGAGAAAGGAAAGUGCAAUCCAAACCUUUUAAAUGGACAGCUUAGUUCUCCUCUUCAUUUUGCUGCUGGAGGAGGACAUGCUGAAAUAGUACAGAUUCUCCUAAACCAUCCAGAAAUUGACAGACACAUAACGGACCAACAAGGAAGAUCCCCCUUAAAUAUUUGUGAAGAAAACAAACAAAAUAACUGGGAAGAAGCUGCAAAACUGUUGAAGGAAGCCAUUAACAAACCAUAUGAAAAAGUUCGGAUAUACAGAAUGGAUGGAUCAUACCGUUCUGUUGAACUGAAGCAUGGAAAUAAUACCACAGUGCAGCAGAUAAUGGAAGGAAUGCGUCUCUCUCAAGAAACACAGCAAUAUUUCACUAUUUGGAUCUGUUCAGAAAACCUCAGCCUUCAACUCAAGCCUUAUCAUAAACCAUUGCAACAUGUUCGUGACUGGCCAGAAAUACUUGCUGAAUUAACUAAUUUGGAUCCCCAAAGAGAAACACCACAGCUUUUCCUAAGAAGAGAUGUGAGACUUCCUUUGGAAGUUGAAAAAAAGAUUGAAGACCCACUAGCUAUUCUUAUCCUCUUUGAUGAAGCCAGAUAUAAUUUAUUAAAGGGCUUUUAUACAGCUCCUGACACUAAACUGAUAACAUUGGCAAGUUUACUGUUGCAAAUAGUUUAUGGAAAUUAUGAGAGUAAGAAACACAAGCAAGGUUUCCUAAAUGAAGAAAACCUAAAAUCCAUUGUACCUGUUACCAAAUUGAAAAGUAAGGCACCUCACUGGACAAACCGAAUACUUCAUGAAUAUAAGAAUCUUAGUACAAGUGAGGGUGUCAGUAAAGAAAUGCAUCACCUUCAGCGCAUGUUCUUACAGAAUUGUUGGGAAAUUCCUACAUAUGGAGCAGCUUUUUUCACAGGACAGAUAUUUACAAAGGCAAGCCCCAGCAAUCAUAAAGUCAUCCCUGUGUAUGUAGGAGUGAAUAUAAAAGGACUUCAUCUUCUCAACAUGGAAACUAAGGCCUUACUCAUCAGUCUUAAGUAUGGUUGUUUUAUGUGGCAAUUGGGAGAUGCUGAUGCAUGUUUUCAGAUCCAUAGUAUGGAAAAUAAAAUGAGCUUUAUAGUACACACAAAACAGGCUGGCCUUGUGGUAAAACUAUUAAUGAAGCUAAAUGGACAGUUAAUGCCCACCGAAAGAAAUUCAUGAGAGGAAAGCAGCUGAUACUUAAACUACCAUAUUUUGUAAUGCAGAUUUUUUCCAUGAAAGAUUUCUUAAACUAUCACUUUUAACAAGGCACUUAGUCUCUUGUAAUAUAUGAAUGUAUACUACUACAUUGUACAGAAUCUGUACUUACGCUUGGUGUGUAAUAUACCAAUUAGUUUUGUAUAAUAUCCUCAUAAGCUAUUCUAAUUUUUGAGAGAAACACAUAAAAAUAUGUAGAUUGAUCAUCUGUAUAAUAUUGGACAAAAUAGUAAGCUUUAUAAAAAGUUAUUUUUGGUAAAUGGUAAAGUAUUUGGAGUGGGAUGUAAUUAAAUUAAAAUACAGCUUUGGUAUAACUUUGUGUGUCAUUUCAGAAUAUACUAAAACUCAACAUAUUUGAAUAAAGAAAAUAUAUUUUCUACUUAAACCACAUAACACUGUUAUUUCAAACAUUUUUCUGUAAUCUAUGAACAUCUCUCAGUAUGUUUUUAAAAUUCUUAGUUAAAUGUGUAACUAGUAUAAGCUAGUAUUUCUCAAAGUAUAGUUCUUGAAUCCCCUGCAUCAAAAUUAACCUGAUGCUUCUUUAAACAAAGAUUGCUGGGACUCAGUAUAUACAAGUUCAUUCACUCUCUAGAAGUAACAGGGCCUAGGAAUCUUAAGUUUUGGGUUUUUUUUCUGUUGAAAUGAUUCCAGGUGCAGUAAUGAAUUUGGAUUAUUAAAGUAAAUUACACAAAAGUGUCUGGCACAUAAGUACACUCAUACAUAGACACACAGAGUAAGUGACAGUCUCUGGAUAUCAGUAGUUGCAUUUAUUAUGUACAUGUUGUAUUUUUAUGAUUUAGCCUGAUGAAUUAUAUUGCCUUUGUCAAAGUAGAUCACCAAAUAUCUGUUUCAUUUAGGGGAGUACUGAUAUCAUAGAUGAGGAGCUAACUGAAUUAUGAUGCUAUUUAAUAACCUUAGAAACUGGUCUUUCCGAGCCAGUAGAUGGAUAUGUUCUUAAAUUUUUUUUAAAAAUUUUUAAUGUUCAUUUUUGAGAGAGAGACAAAGUGCAAGCAGGGGAGGGGCAGAGAGAGAGAGACAGAAUUCGAAGCAGGCUCCAGGCUCUGAGAUGUCUGCACAGGGCCCAAUGCAGGGCUUGAACAUAUGAACUGAACCAUGAGAUCAUGACCUGAGCUGAAGUCAGACACUCAACUGAUGGGCCACCCAGGCGCCCCUAGACUGAUAUGUUGUAGGUAAGUUCAGAGAUACAAUAGUCAUAUUUGAAGCUGUCCUAAAGAUUGCAGAUAAGUUUUAUAUAUCAGAAUUUAACCUUCACAUUAAUUUCUGUUUAUUUCUAAUGGUGCUCUGUCUGAGCCUUAUUAAAAUUAUAUAUGAUUAAGUAAAUUGAAUGAGAAAGCUUACUUUAUCUCUAAUUCUAUGCUAAAUACUUUUGAUUCUACAUAGACAGUGCUCUGUUCAGUUUCAUACCUUCCAGUGGCCUCAACUGUUGACUCCCAAAUCUAAUAUUUCAACCUCAGAUUCUCUUCUGAACUCUGGAUCUUAAUUUCCAAUUUCUAGCUCCACCUAAAUGGCCUACAAAAAGAACGUCUAUUUCAUCACAGCUGGAAACCGAAUUUGUUUACUUGCUCAAUUCUAUCCUUCCACUUGUAUUCUGUUUGGUUAGUGGCACCAUCAAAUUGCAGCCAGUUGCUUAUCCUGGAAAUCUUGGAGUGGUCUUCAACUUCUCUCCCCUUUAUUACCCUCGACAUUCCACUUAUCAAAUCUUGUCAAAUUUCUUAUGAGUCCUUUCCCAUUUCCUUCCUCUCUAGUUGCCCUGCAUCCGCCUUAGUUGAAGUCCUUCCCACCUGUUCCUAGGUUUGGUGUUACUUCCUCCCUUGCCUCCCCUGGCUGAGGCUGUACACUCUGCCCACUUAUCUGCCACACUGGUGCCAAGUUCACCUUUCUUAUGGAUCUGAUCAUUUCAUUACCCUCUGAAAGCUUUUCAUGGUUCCUUACUACAUUACAAUUAAAUUCCAUGUCCUCAGUAUUGAAUGCAGGGCCCUUAAUUAGAUGGUCACUAAUGUUCCUAUCCAAAUUAAUGUGUAACCACUUUUCCCACACUUACCUUUGCUCCAACCCAGUGUUUCCUAAUCCUGGCACUGCAGUCACGUGAGGAGUUUCAAUACAUUAUGACUCAAUAAAUCUAGGGUGGGGUUCAAGGAUUUCUGUUGGUAAAGUAUCCAGUGUGAUUUUGAUAUACAGCUAGGGUUUAGAACUCUUAUAACCAACUUUAACUAGGAGUUAGCUGAAUGCUUUUCCUUUCACAGAGGGAGGUGAGGAUGCAAUGCUACUACAUCAAACAACAUAGACUGCCCCAUAGAAUACAGUGUACCCUCCUGGAGUUACACAGUAAUGCACCCUUGUAGAGAAGGGAAGGAAAGACUAUUAACGUAGCAUGGCUAUUAAAGGCUUAAAAAUAUAUAGCAUUAGAAAGUCAAUUUUCAGGGGUACCUGGGUGACUCAGUCAGCUAAGUGUCUGACUCUUAAUUUCAGCUCAGGUCGUGAUCUCUUGGUUCAUGGGAUGAAGCCCCAUAUCAGGCUCUGUGCUGGCAGUGUUCUCUCUCUCCUCUUUCUGCCCCUCCUCUGCUUGUGCUUGCUCUCUCUCUCAAAAUAAAUAAAUAAACGUUAAAAAAAAAAGUCAAUUUUCAAAUAAGGUAUUGAGAGGAAAAACUGAUCAUUGUCUGUCAGACCAUAACAAACCAGAAAUAACCAAUAAUGGAGAAAUGCAAGUAGGUUUUAAUGAGUGCCUAGGAUUGGCCAGGCAUUAUAUGUGCACUGGGGAUAAAAGACACCUUUUUCCUUUUCAUCAUUUUUCAAUAAAUUUGAGUGCCUUUUAUGUGCCAGGGAUCCAUUGCCAAGAAAAACAAAGCCCCUGCCUUUAGGGAACAAAUUUUAAUGAGGGAGACAAUAAAUACUCAUGGAAAUAUAUAUUUAUAAACUCUAGUAAGUGUGAUGAAAGAAAAAUAAGUGUAUUAUGUAAGCAUAAAGAGGGAAACUUGAUCUAGCCUUAGAGAUCAGGAGAGGCACCCCUGAGCAAGUGAUGCUUAAGCUCGCAUCUGAGGGAUGGGAGUGACAGAAACAUAUGAGGGAGAAGGGAAAUGGGAUGAGACGUUUUGACCUCAAGAGUGGUCCUGGAGAAUUGAUACAAUUUUCUCAUUUUUAGCUAAGAAGUAAAUUUAAACAAUUGUUUAUCCAAAUCACAACAAAUGAGUUUCCAUUGUAGAAAUAAAACCAGAA